CAUGCACUGGGGUGGGCGUGUGUGUUUUUACCAGAGCAGGAGAAGCAGCAGGAAACAAUGGAAAACAGGAUCUGUGUUUUAUUGCUUGCCGACCUGGAAAAUAAACCUUGAAGAAAACGCAGCUUUCAAGUUUGGACAUUGAGCGAACGAAACGUUGCCACAGCGCAGCAGUGGCUUUUAAAGCAGGAAAAUAUGAAGUGAGUUGACAAACAAAGGAGCCACCACUACAGGAUGAGAUGUGAAACGUCUUCAAGAAACCAGAAGUCCAGUGGCCUUCAUUUGAACCCUUUUGGAUUUCUGCAGCUGACAAAAACAACGUAAAGUUUCUGACUUGUUAUGGUCAUGCAUCAAAAACUCCUCCUGCCUACGUCACGGACACUCCCACAAUGCAGCGGGGCUGCUGUUUUGGCCAGGGCCGUGGGAUCUAAGAUAACAUGUAAAGCGGAACUAUGGAAGCAACCAAACAUUAAUCCUGAGUGCACAACCUGUAGGUGGCCUGUCUCCCUGGUCAUCUUCUCUGUGCUGUUGGGGACAGGGAGAGGGACAAGAGCAGCUGGACAGGAGGGAUGGACGAGUCCAAAAGUGCGGUAAAAUCAGUCAAACUAUCUCAGCCGAGAGGAGCCAAGGCUCCGUCCAGCCAGAAGUCAAACAAAGAGGCUUCUGUUCAGCGAGAGGGGGUCAAGUCUGCACUUCGCAGCAAAGAAAACCUCACUGCUGCAAAGGAUGAGCGUAGCGUAGGUCAGGCGGGCCGCACGCCAGGCAACACUCUCCCUGACAGUCCUGUGGACAAGAAGAGAGGACGUCCCUCCAGACUGGCUCGACUCUCUGGGAGAACAAGUUCUAGUGAGAGCGGCAAAGGCAAAGACUCCCAUCAGCAGCUUGUGGCUCCUGAAUCCCAAAGUCCUCUUUCUGUAGACAACAGCAGCUCAUCGGCAAACCGAGGAACCACCUCAUCUCCCAUACCGUUUGCUCCUGAGAGGGGCCGCCAAGAGCAGGACCAGACCUCCGCUGGAGCCGCGGGAAAGGAAAAAUCCCAUGUCAUUAAAGCUGCAGCUCUGAUGCCUCAGUCUGCUAGAGAGGAUGCAGAGGUGAGGCCCGCCCUGGACGAAAAGCUCACAGAGCAGCAGCUGGGCCUCCGACAGGUGGAGGAGCGCCUCCACCGAGACCACAUCCACCGGCUGGUAAAGCAGUCUCCUGAGUACCCAAACUACCUUUACUUUUGCAAGCUCUGCUCCGUGCACAUCGAUAACUUCCAAGGAGCGUACAAACACAUCAAGGAGAAGAGACACAAGAAGAACCUGGUGGAGAAACAGGAGGAGAAUGAGCUGCUGGCCCUGCCGCCACCCUCCGCCGCCCAGCUCAGGGCUCUGGACUCGGCCGUGCUGGAAACCACCGAGCAGCACGGCGUCUCCGAGGAGGACCUGGACGUGCGAAAGGCUGCGGUCGCGAGGAUGGAGGAGAUCAUAAAGAGGCACCUCCCAGCUUGUUCCCUUCGCCUCUACGGAUCCUGUCUCACCCGCUUUGCUUUCAAAACGAGCGACGUCAACGUCGACGUCACCUUCCCUCCCACGAUGACGCAGCCGGAGGUCCUGAUCCAGGUGCUGGGGAUCCUGAAAAACAGCCCUGAAUUCACUGAGGUCGAGUCGGAUUUUCACACCAAAGUUCCUGCCGUCUUCUGUCGGGAUCGCGACAGCGGCCUGCUGUGUAAGGUCAGUGCAGGGAACGACGUGGCCUGUCUCACCACCAAUCACCUGGCAGCUUUGGCCAAACUGGAGCCCAGACUGGUUCCGCUGGUGCUGACCUUCCGCUACUGGGCGAGGCUGUGUCACAUCGACUGCCAGGCCGAAGGAGGAAUCCCGUCCUACUCUUUUGCCCUGAUGGUCAUCUUCUUCCUGCAGCAGAGGAAGGAGCCCGUCCUUCCUGUUUACCUGGGCCCCUGGAUCGAAGGCUUUGACGUGAAGCGCGUGGACGAGUAUCACCUGACUGGAAUUGUGCAGGACACGUUUGUGAAGUGGGAGAGAAGAAGUCCCAGCUCGGCGGAGGAACGGGGCGAGAACCGGAACGAAAGCAAAUCCAAGCCAGAACGAAAGAAAUCUGAAGAAGCUCGCGCCUCGCAGGGCCAGAGCCGUCUGACCCUGAACCCGGGGAGAGACGCGUCCCUGGGUCAGCUGUGGCUGGAGCUGCUGCGUUUCUACACGCUGGAGUUCGCUCCGGAGGAGUACAUCAUCAGCAUUCGCCUGAAGGAGCUCCUCUCCAGGGAGGUGAAGAACUGGCCCCGCCGCAGGCUCGCCGUUGAAGAUCCGUUUUCCUUGAAGAGAAACGUUGCACGAAGCUUAAACAGCCAGAUGGUGUUCGAGUACGUCCAGGAGUGCUUCCGCUCGGCGUAUAAAUACUUCGCCUCCCCUCAGAGGAAGAGCGUGGGAGGACAGCCGAGGAAGGAGGCGGCGGGGGCGCAGGUUGUGAGGAAAGGGGAGCGAUGUCUGAUCAGAGAGGAGGACAGGAGGAAGAGUGACACAAGUCAAAGAGGAAGGCAGGAGGAGGACGAGGAGUCGGACGGUGAAGAUGAAGAGGGUUUGGAUUCUUCCAGGAAAAUGGGGAAGAAGAUCCCGGGUGUUCGCCUCACGGCUGCGAGUGAUGGGAACAAGCCCUCCUCCUCCCCCAACGGGCUGCUGGACAGUGACGAAGAGGAGGAGAGCAGUGUUUCAGAGAAGGACGCCUCAUCAGAAGGUCUGCAUUAUGAGUUCAAUAAGAUGGUUUUAACCGGAGGCAAGCCUCCAGCUGUGGUCUGCAGCAUCUGCAAGCGAGACGGACACCAGAAGGAUGAAUGUCCCGAAGACUUUAAGAAGAUCGAGCUGAACCCUCUUCCUCCGAUGAACGAGCGCUUCAGGAACAUCCUGGAUGGACUCUGUAGACUCUGCUACUAUGAACUGUCGCCGUCUCACCUCGAGCAGCAGAAGAGGGAACAGAUUCUGGUCGGCCUGGAGAGGUUCAUAAGGAAGGAGUACAACGAUAAAGCUCAGCUCUGCCUGUUUGGUUCUUCCAAAAACGGUUUUGGUUUCCGUGACAGCGACCUGGACAUCUGCAUGACGCUGGAGGGUCACGACACCGCCGAGAAGCUGAACUGUAAAGACAUCAUCGAAGACCUCGCCAAAGUGCUGAAGAAGCACUCGGGUCUGAGGAACAUCCUGCCCAUCACCACAGCUAAAGUGCCUAUAGUGAAGUUUGAACACCGACAGAGCGGUUUGGAGGGAGACAUCAGCCUUUACAACACCCUGGCCCAACACAACACCAGGAUGUUGGCCACGUACGCGGCUCUGGACCCACGCGUCCAGUUCCUCGGAUACACCAUGAAGGUCUUUGCAAAGCGCUGCGACAUCGGAGACGCCUCCAGAGGAAGCCUUUCGUCCUACGCCUACAUCCUGAUGGUGCUUUACUUCCUUCAGCAGAGACAGCCAUCGGUUGUCCCUGUCCUGCAGGAGAUCUUUGAGGGGAAGACCGUUCCUCAGCGAAUGGUGGACGGUUGGAACGCUUUCUUCUUCGACAACCUGGAUGAGCUGCGCCAGCGUCUCACCGAUCGGCAGCCGAACACGGAGUCGGUGGGGGAGCUGUGGUUGGGCCUUCUACGGUUCUACACAGAAGAGUUUGAUUUCAAAGAGCACGUCAUCAGCAUUCGCCAGAGGAAACGCCUCACCACAUUUGAGAAGCAGUGGACCAGCAAAUGCAUAGCUAUUGAAGAUCCGUUUGAUCUCAAUCAUAAUCUUGGUGCUGGAGUGUCUCGCAAAAUGACAAACUUUAUCAUGAAGGCUUUUAUAAAUGGGCGAAAGCUGUUCGGAACGCCUUUCUUUCCCAUCCCGGGCACUGAAGUGGACUACUUCUUCGACUCGAAGGUGUUGACCGAUGGUGAGCUAGCGCCCAACGACCGGUGCUGCAGGAUAUGCGGGAAGAUCGGACACUACAUGAAGGACUGUCCCAAGAAGCGCAGAAUGAAGAAGAAGGAAAAUGAUAAAGAUGAAGACGCCAAAGAGGAGGAGCGGGAGCUGAAGGAUCGACGGUGUUUCCAGUGUGGAGACAUCGGCCACGUGCGGAGGGACUGUCCUGAGUACCACCACCUCAAGCAGAGGAGCGCCGGGCCGCCGGCUCCUCACAUGGUUCCAGCUGUGGCGAGCUCCCAGUCCAUCCCAAUCCCGCAGAGUAGCUCAGACGGUCCCGGCAGAAGCAGACAGCCUUCUGAAUGUUCUGAUAGUCGACAGACGCCGCCUUACUCCCCCCAGAGCUUGUCUCUGUCCUCCAGCUCGCCUCAGCCUUCCCACAACAAGACCGGUUCUGCCAGUCCCCAGAAGACGCCUCCCCACGCCCAGGUUCCAUUAUCUCUCUUUAGCUUUCCCACCGCCCAUCCGGGCCAGUACCACCACGGGACUCUGUCUGCUCUGGGGAUUCUUCCCUCCCCUCAAUCCCACCAGGCCCAGGGACAGGCUCCUCACCAGGUCCACAUCCCCCCCACUUCCUGGCCCAUCCACGGUCCGGUCCUUACGUCGUCCUCCGCCACCGCCACCUCCCCGGCCGGCCUGAAAUUUGCCCUGCGUUCGGUUUCGGGCAACGGGAGUCCCACAGGCACAGGGAACCCGAGCCCCAUGAACCUGAAUGACCCGAGCAUCAUCUUCGCCCAGCCGGCGGGAAGACAGCUGGGCUUGGGGGGGCCGGGCCGGGAAGGACACUGGCACAACCACCUGGCACAUCCUGGGUCUCUUAUGGGUAAUGGCACUGUUCUCAAGUCAGAGUCCGGCCAUCAGAUCCAGUUUGAAGGUGUGAGCCAAGGCUCUCGGUUAUGGGAGCACAACAAACCCCCCCAGUACACCCUCUCUCCAUCCUGGCACUACCAGAUACCCCAGAACUUCAUCCAGCAGGGAGCCGGAGACUUCCGGCCGGGGAAGAGCUUCAUGGCUCAAGGUUCUGUGGUGCAUCCGAACCCAAACUUCCCGCUGGUUCCUCAUGUCCGACACCCAGUCAAUCUGAACUUCAUCCAGCAGAAGAAAUGAUCUUUUUACUUUGGUUUUACGGUCAGUCACCAAUCAGAAAUCGGGUUCUCUUUGCAUCACCUGACCUCAAGAUUUUUAUCUUUUUUGUACAGUUUUUAUGUUUUAUUGUUUUUGGUCUCAUGACAUUGAUUUGUGAUACAAAUGUCAAAGUAUUUUAAUACCCCCGUUUUUGAGGGGGUCCAAAAGUGUUUUUAUUUUACGUGUAAAGUACGGAGGGACAAUGGAAACCUUUAUUUUUAUUAGCUGGAUUCAUACUUUGCUUGCUGAAGGUGAAGGUUUGAAUAGAUGUUUGUUUUAAAAACAAUCUAAUGUGUCGCCCCUGUUAUGUAGUGCCAAAAGCAGAAGUGAGAAGAAAAAAACAAACAAAAAUAAAUAAAAAAUAAAGAAAGCGCAAACGA